CCGGCGUCACCACCAAAUUGCUGUCUCGGUCCUUCCUCAGCUUCGUGCUUCUGCGCGUCUGCAUCCCACCACUGGAGUCUUUCUUUCUUGCCCAUCCCGUUGCUCUCUCGGCAGAUCGGUCUACUGCUGCUGGAGCUGUCUUUGUUCUUGUUCUUCCUGCCCUGUGAGCGCCGCCAUGUGCCGUCGUGAAGAUCUCUGAGAAAAAGGGUCCCCAGAAAUACAGCUUUGAAGCAGCGACUUGUCCAACCGUCCAACCGUCCAACCUCCACCCUCCUCCUCCUCCUGAUUUUUCUCUCUCGCUACGACAAACCCCUUAGAUUUGCUACAUCCUGUUCACUUCGAGACCGGCGCAUGAGUCGACCAUGAACCCUUCUGGGAGUGAUAACUGGCAUUCUGCAGGUGGCCCGCCCUCCCAUCCUAGCAUGGAUCACUUGAACCAGCAGCCGCGUCCCUUGGGGUCUUUUGGCCAGAACCCCCCACCUCAGCAGGGCCCUUCCUCCCAGUCCGCGGGCCCAGUCCUGCCACCUCCAGCUGGCCCCUACCACCCCGCGAACCAGCCCGCUGGACAUUCCCUCCCCGGCCUGGCAGAAUUGAGUCAAGGUCCUGGAGGUCCCCAUCAACCUCCAGCGUACGGUCAACAUCCUCCUGCUCCUUCCCAUAGUGCCGGCCACUCACUCCCGGGUAUUGGACAAGCCAUGCAGCACCCGUCGCCGCAGUCGAUCAACCGGGAACGCGAAAGAGACUCGCGAGAGCGCGAGAUGAUCGAGCGCCAGCGGCAGGAGGAGAUGGCCCACAGGGAGCGGGAGCGGGAGCGGGAGCGUGAGGGUCUCGAACGCUCACAGAUGGAGCGACAGUAUUUGGAGCGUGCUCGCGAACAGCAGCAACAGCAGCAGCAACAGCAACAGCAUCAUCAUCCGGUACAGAGCCAUACCGGCUCGAUCCCCCUUCACCAGCCUGUGGCCUCCAAGGUACCAAACUCGAUCCACGGUCCCAAUGGCUUGCUCUCCAAUCUAGGGUCCAACCCUGCAAAUGGUCCGCAGAAUGCCAUGCAGUCAUCCGGUGGACCGGGCGGGCUUUACGCCGCCUCGCUGCAGCAUGGGGAAGGCACUCCCCGUGCAUACAUGCAGCAGCAUCCGGCUGGGCCGCCAGGACAGCCUAUGCUGGGCCAUCCUGGCCAAGGGCCUCAGAUCCCAGGAAGCGUCGCUGCUCUUGCUCAAGGCCAGCAGCCGAUUUUAAAUGAUGCGCUGAGCUACUUGGACCAAGUCAAAGUCCGCUUCGUUGAUCAACCUGAUGUCUACAACCGUUUUCUUGACAUCAUGAAGGACUUCAAGAGUCAGGCUAUUGACACCCCCGGCGUCAUCCAACGUGUAUCUUCCCUCUUCAAUGGCCACCCCGCUUUGAUUCAGGGCUUUAACACAUUCCUGCCCCCCGGCUAUCGCAUCGAGUGUGGCACCGAGGACAACCCGGAUGCUAUCCGAGUGACCACUCCAUCGGGCACAAAUACCCUCAGCAUGUCUCGCCCUCGUCCGUCACUGGAUUCUGUCGGGGAUAUGGGACCCAAUGCCGGUGCCCUGGCGCCUCAUGGUCGUCCCGAAUAUUAUGACCAGUCUCGCCCGGGUUGGCAGCAGCCGCAGCAGCCGCAGCAGCAGCAGCAGCAGCAGCAACAACAGGGCAAUAUCCCAGGAUCAUACUCGCCGCAGUCCCGGAUGCUGAGUGCAACCAUCUACGGCCAACAGGGCCCACAGGCUCAGCCUCAAGAUCAUCAUUAUGAGUAUCAAACUCAGCAGGAUCAGCAGGCGGCAGCCACCACUGCCAGUCUGGCCCAUCAGCAAGAUCACCGCGGAGUUGCCCAGCUCCAGGGCGCGGCCCACGCUGCUUCUGCUGCUGCCGUUGGCCGACCAUCCUUAUUGCAGGCGGUUUCUGCCUCCGGCCAACCUGCUAACUUGUCCCAGCCGAUGAAUAGUUUGGCAGGUGUCGGCUCCAAUGUCCUCCAAGGUGGCCAGGCGGACCUGAACAAGCGUGGGCCUGUCGAGUUCAACCAUGCAAUUAGUUAUGUGAACAAGAUCAAGAACCGAUUCUCUAGUGCUCCGGAGAUCUACAAACAAUUCCUUGAGAUUCUGCAGACUUACCAGCGCGAGUCCAAACCCAUUCAGGAUGUGUAUGCUCAGGUGACUCAGCUUUUCAACACGGCUCCCGAUCUUUUGGAAGACUUCAAGCAGUUCCUGCCGGAGUCGGCAGCGCAUGCCAAACAACAGGCGGCCGCCCGUCAGGCCGAAGAGGCCAUUCCGAUCAGCAACGUGCGUGGGGAGCCCUACCCCAGUGGCGGACCUCUUCAGUCCCACACUCCCAACCGUGACGUUAAGAUGCCCCCCCUCGGUCAAUUCAAUGUCAAAGACUCGGGCAAAGAAAGCAAGAAACGUCGUGGAGCGCCCGGUGCCCCCGGUAGCCUGGGUGCUGGAGGGCCUGCUCCUGGUGUCGAUGCCUCAAGGAUGGGCGACCUUCAAGCCGGGCGGACCCAAGCUCUGCAGGCCGGGAAUGCGAACAAGAGGGCUAAGGUGCAUCACACCAAGCCUUCAGCAGAUGUUCCAGCCGUGUCUCCCACCCUGGUGCCCGCUCUGCCGGAACCUAUUCAGCCCACCUUCUCCCUGACCCCGACACAGGAAGAAUUCGCCUUCUUUGACCGGGUCAAGAAGUUCAUUGGCAACAAGCAGACCUUCAGCGAGUUCCUCAAGCUGUGCAAUCUUUACUCGACUGAUCUAAUCGAUCGACACAUCCUCAUCAAACGCGCCGCUGGUUUCAUCGGCUCCAACCCGGAGCUUAUGAACUGGUUCAAGCGCUUCAUGCACAUUGAGGAACCCGAAGACAAGAUCAUUGACCUAAAGGCCAAGCAAGAGUCUGGCACCGUCAACCUUUCCCACUGUCGUUCUCUUGGCCCUAGCUAUCGCCUUUUGCCCAAACGCGAACGCCAGAAGCCCUGCAGUGGACGUGACCAGCUGUGCUACAGUGUCCUGAACGAUGAAUGGGCAUCACACCCGACCUGGGCCUCGGAGGACUCUGGGUUCGUGGUCCAUCGUAAAAACCAGUUCGAGGAUGCGCUGCACCGGAUUGAAGAAGAUCGUCAUGACUAUGACCACCACAUUGAGGCCUGCACCCGGACCGUUCAACUGAUCGAGCCGAUCGUCCAACAGUUCCUCGUCAUGUCAGACCAAGAGCGGGCCGCCUUCAAGCUGCCCCCCGGUCUGGGCGGUCAAAGCGAAGCCAUCUACCAACGAGUGAUCAAGAAGGUAUAUGAACGCCAGCGCGGCGAGCGUAUCGUUCAGGAGAUGUUCAACCGACCUUGUCACAUUCUUCCCAUCGUCUUAUUCCGACUGAAACAAAAAUGCGACGAAUGGAAAGCCAGCCAGCGCGAAUGGGACAAGGUCUGGCGUGAGCAGAUGCAAAAGGCCUACUGGCGCAGCCUAGACCACCAGGCCAUUGCCAGCAAGACCCUCGACAAGAAGCUCUUUGUAGCCAAACACAUUCAGAACGAGAUUCAGUCAAAGUUUGAAGAGGGCCGGACUUUGCGCAAGAGCGGCUUCCAAAUGCCCAAGCACCAGUUCGAAUUCACCUUUGACGAUCCUGCAGUCAUCAUCGACGCAACUCACCUGCUGCUCACUUUCAUCGACCGCAACUCAGGCUUUGGCGCGGAUCCGCAAAAGGUGAUGAAUUUCAUCAAAGACUUUGUCCCCCUCUUCUUCGGCAUGGAUCGGGACACAUUCCACGAGUACAUGAACGAGGUCACGAGUGACGACUCGCCUGCGGAAGAGGCGGACGAGGAGAGCAUCAUUGCAGAAGAUGCUUCCUCGACUCAUAGCCAGAAGGCGGGGGUCAAUGGGAAGAAGCUCAAUCUUCUCAGAGACGUUUUGGAACGAGGCAGCGAGAAGCCCAGCCGUGGUGCUAGUGGUGGUGAUAAGGAAAACAGUGCUCUGGCCAGCCGCGAUGGCACUCCCGAUGCUGCGUUGGUGGCUAGCACACCUGUCCCUGAUCCUACCGAUUCGUUUGAUGUGGCGGAACUCCGCUGGAUGGAGCACCCCUUCCAGGGCAACUUCAACCUGCAGCGCGAGGUCACUCUGAACGAGUCGUACGACAAGAAGGUCCACCACUUGUACGCCAACAUUAAUAUCUACUGCUUCUUCCGUACCUUUGAGAUCCUAUACAGCCGUCUUCUGCGCGUCAAGCUGCACGAGAACGAUGCGCGGGAGGACGUCCGUCGGGCAAUGCUGGCCAAGCCGGCACGCGACCUCACACUCAUCGACAAGCUUCCGUCGGAAUUCUUCUAUGAUGUUGAUCCCAAGGCGAACCUGUACGAGCAGAUUGUGCGCAUGUGCGACGAGGUCAUCAAGGGUGACAUGGAGCUGUCCCAUCUGGAGGAGACCCUGCGCCGGUUCUACCUCCGCAGCGGCUACCAGCUGUACAAUAUCGAGAAGAUGUUCUCUGGCAUCGCCAAGUUUGCGGGGGCGAUCUUCAGCGGUGACUCCAAGGACAAGAGUUCUGACAUUAUGAAUCUCUUCUUCCGGGAGCGCGACCGCGAUCAGACCACGCACAACCAAGAGAUCCAGUACCGUAAGCAGGUGGAGAGAUUGGUCAAAGAUGGAGACAUCUACCGCAUUACCCACAACCCAACCAGCAACAAGACCACGGUGCAGCUCUUGACCCCCGAGGACAGCACCAUCGACAACGAAGAGCUGAGCCAGGAGGCCCGCUGGUCUUACUAUGUGUCGGCGUACAUCAUGCGGGAUCCGACGGAAGGCGUGCCCUUCUCUCAGAUGCGCAUGCCGCUCCUAAAACGGAACCUGCCGCCGCAGCCGGACCAGGAAGACGAGUAUAACCGGUUUUAUCGACCGUUGGUUCAUCACGACGGACUCAUCAUCCGUAUCUGCGCCAACAGCUAUCAUAUCCUGUACCAGCCGGGCAGUUCGGACUGGUGGUGGCGCCCUCCUCCGAGCAAGGCGUCCACCUCCUCGGCCUCGCCGCACUCCGCUGCCGACGAGGCGGUCACCGUGGCCGACGAGUCACUCAAGGACGACUCGGCAGUCAGAGAGCGCCGACGCGAUCGGUUUACCGAGAAAUUUAUCAACAACCCCAGCUGGGCCCAUGGCUUGAGCAAGGACGAAGUGGACCAGUCGAACCAGCGCUUCCGCUCGUGGGUCAAGGAACCUGAGACGGCGACCACCAAUACCACCGCCGGCGCAGCCGAGGCGUCUCAGUCGAAGAACCAAGCUACUACCGCCUCGGACGAGAAAGAAGAAGAAGAUACGGCGAUGGUGGAUUCCGAGCCUGCGUCGACCAAGGAGUAACCCGAGGGAUGGUUACUCCCAGAUGAAUAUGAUGACAUUCUGUAGAUUAUAUGGUUUAUUCUGAUUCUUUUUUCCUCUUUUUUUUUUUUUUUUUUCUUUCUUCUUUUU